AUGUCGUUCAAGUUCCCUUCUUUCAAUCUCCAGUCUCUCCAAGAGUCUUUGGCUAAGGUGGACAUGGAGUCCAUUUCCAAGUCUUUCCAAAGCCUGGGAAAGGCAGUCUCAGAAUACUCAGAACAUCUUAAAGAAUCAAUCCAACCCUUGACUUCGAAAACGCAAAGUCUUAUUUCUGCUCAACUACAACAGGUCCAACAAUUGGCUUCCACACACUCCGAUACGAAUAUUGAAGUGAGUGAUUUGCCCGAGGACUAUUUGAUUUUAGAAAAGAACUGCGACUUGUUGUUGAAAUUGUACACCGACUUGAUCCAGUACACAAACAGCACUUUCGGUACGUUAAGUUAUGAUUACCCUCCAGGUAACUCUGCGCUUAACAAAAUCAAGGAUGCCCAUGUGGGACUGCUUCUUUCUUCAAAGUUCAAUCAAUUGAAGAACGUGUCUACACCGCAAGAGAUGGAGAACAUCCUUUUGGGUACCAAGGAGCUGGAAACAGUAGAGACAGAGGUUGUCACAUUAGAACUUCCUAAAACGUUGUACGGGAAACUCUCAGAGAUCGCCACAAAGGCGAGUAGCGACUUUAAUGAGACAUGCGAGCCAUUGUCCUUCGCAUUACUUCAAAUUUCGUCUGCUUACGUGCAAAUUGCUACAGCCCGGUUGGACCAAGAUAAGAAGAUUAUGUCUGAAUUGAACCAUGCGUUGGUGCAAAUCUUGAAUGAGCAGUUUAUAAAGGUGACUGAAUUGAGAAAGCGGGUUUAUGGUGCACGUCUGGACUUUGAUCUCUUGAGAUCGCAAACUGGCGAAGACGAAGAAAAUGAAGAGCUUAUUGCAAAAGAGGAUGACUUGGUUAGCUCUAUCGAAGUUGCAGUUGUGGAAAUGAGAAGAUUGGUUAGACCCUCAAAAAACAUUGAUUUGUUGAAAGUUUUUGUGACGGUACAAAGAGACUACUUUGAAGCAGCUUCUAAGAGUUUGACGGGCUUGUUAGCAGAUUUGGACAAGAUAAGCAUUUCUGACGAGGAUGAAGAGUAG